AUGUUAAAAAUAUUUCUUCUUCUGACUAUUGUCAGUCUUUCUUCAAGUGUUCCAAUAGUUGAUAAUCUUGCUAGUGUUCUUGGUGAUGCUGUUGGAACAGUUGCUAGUACAUAUGGUAGACUUGCUGGGACAAUCAUUGGCGCGGUUACUGGAGGUGCUGAAGGUGCCCGAAUAGCUGGCGAAGUUGGUGAAGCAGAAGGCAGAGAUCUUGGAGAAAAUAUUAGCGAUUCUACAAAAAGAAAUCCUUUUGGAGGAUUGGUUGAAGGGUUAAUCGAUCUAACUGGUGGUAUUUUUGGCACACUCUCUGGUUUUGUUGGUGCAAAUGCUGGUGCAGUAAUUGGUGCACUGAAUGAGGGAACUCCUGGUGCUGUAGAAGCUUCUGCUGCUGGAACAAUUAUUGGCAAGGGCCUGGGAGAAAAUAUUAUUUCUUCUGGUACAGGAAUUUCGUCAGGAGGUCUUCUUGGUGGAAAUUUAGAUAUUGUUGGUGAUCUUGUUGGUUCUGCUGCUGGUUUCGUUGGAGCUGGUGUUGGUGCAUCUGGUGGAAUUCUUGGUGGCAAUGAUGCUUUUAUUGUUGGAGCAAAUUCUGGUGCAGAGUUUGGAAAAGGACUUGGUGAUACUAUUAAUUCAAUUAUAUAA